AUGGCUGCAUCCGCAAUGACAUACCCGCAGGGUCUUUUCAUCAACAAUGAGUACAGAACAGCAGCAAGCUCCACGAAGCUCACUUUGAGGAACCCGUGGGAUGACUCUGUGAUAGCUGCGGAUGUCCAGGUUGCCGGUAAGGAGGAUGUGGACUUGGCCGUCGAAGAAGCUACGAAAGCUUUCAAAGGACCAUGGAGAAAAUACACUGGGCAGCAAAGAGCAGGGUGUCUGUUGAAGUUUGCAGAUCUCGUCGAGAAGCAUGCAGACCGCUUGUCCCAAUUGGAAUCCCUCCCUACUGGCAGACCGAUCUCUUUCGUCACCCACUUUGAUGUCCCACACAUGGCUCAAGUUUACAGAUACUACGCUGGAUGGGCAGACAAGAUCGCCGGCAAGACGUUCAGCGAAGAGAACGGUACCUACAAGAUCAUUCGACAGGAACCAGUCGGUAUUUGUGCGGGCAUCGCGUCUUGGAAUUGCACGUUUCUGUACGUCGCCUGGAAGAUGGCGCCGGCUCUGGCAGCCGGAUGCACCUUCAUCUUCAAAAGUUCCGAGAAAUCCCCCUUUGGAGCGCUCGCUCUUGGGUCGCUCUACGCCGAGGCCGGAUUCCCACCUGGGGUUGUGCAGUUUGUCACCGGAGGAAGCGAAACCGGUGCGAUGCUGGCCUCCCACAUGAACAUUGCCAAGAUCAGCUUCACGGGCUCGGUGGCAGGAGGCCGAGCUGUGCAGGAUCUGGCGACUAAGAGCAACCUUAAGCGCGUGACACUUGAACUGGGCGGAAAGUCGGCGGCUAUCAUAUUCAAAGACGCUCCGCUCGAGGUGGCUGCUCAGGGCGUCGGGGUCGGUUUUCUCGCCAACUCUGGCCAGAUUUGCGUCGCUGCUUCGCGAGUCCUCGUCCAAGAAGACAUCGCCGAAGACUUUUGCCAGAAGAUCAAGGCGCACUUCGAAGUGUCCGGUGCUGCAAUGGGUGCCGACCCGGCCUUGCCAACGACGGCGCAUGGACCGGUCGUGGACAAGUUGCAAUUCGACCGCAUCAUGUCGUACAUCGAGAAGGGGAAGACGAGUGCGAAGCUGCUGACGGGAGGAUCCCGGAUCGGAGAACGUGGUUGCUUUGUUGAACCCACGAUCUUUGUCGACCCCGAACCCGGAAGUGCGGUGUACGAAGAGGAAAUAUUUGGCCCGGUACUGGUGGUCAAGACUUUCAAGACCGAAGAAGAGGCAAUCCAGCUCGCAAACGGGACAAUUUACGGUCUCGCCGCAAAUGUGUAUACGACGGAUCUGAAUCAAGCCUUGCGCGUCACCAGCGCGCUCGAAGGAGGGAUCAUAUCUGUCAAUUCUCCUUUGCAUCCGGAGAUACAGGCACCCUUCGGGGGGGUCAAACAGAGCGGAUACGGCAGAGAGCUCGGGGAGGAGGGCUUAAAAGCGUACCUAGAAACGAAGAGCAUUCACAUCAAGUGA